AUGAGUCUCCUUAUUGCACCAUACAACAACGCUAUGCGUUUGGGUCAAGGAUUCAACUCCUAUACCCAGGAGAUUUGUGUCGAUGAUGCCGUCAUCAUCGAUCCAGGUCGUCCAGAGAACCCUAUUACCAAUGAUGGGACCACGAUGACUGAUCUCCGAGCCGCGAUGAUAGGUCCGUCAGCCUAUGUCGCUCUCAAAACUCCCGCUGCUGUGGAUGAGACUCCAAUCACAGCGCAAUAUGACGAGGAGGAGCCGAAGGCAAUUGAGCCUGCUCCUCAACCCAGUGUUGACGAUGCCGUGGACGAGCCAGAGCCAGACAAUGGUGUUGCUGAGGCUGAGGGAGAGGCUGUUGAUCCGGAAGAUCCCAAAGAAGAGGUUCUGACUGAGGCCGCGCCCGAAACUGACGUGGAGACCGGUGCUGGCUCUGAUGUUGCGGGCAAUGACACUCCCCCCGCAAACGACGGGGAAGCGGAGAGUCCAGAGCUUGCUCCAGAUGAGGCCAAAGUUGAAGAGGGUAAAGUCGCCAAGGACAAAAAAGACAAAGAAGACGAGGUUAUGAGACGACCAGUUCGUGAAAAGGCUGAGAUGCAGGAGCAAAAGCGGUACAAUGCUGCAGAACAGCGAGCGCGAAAAGCUGAGGCCAACAAACGAGCCAAGGACGCUGCCAGCCUCACUCCUUAUACUAAGGCCGAGCGCGACGCCUGGCUGGCGAAACCUGAACUGGCGAAAGGCAAGAGAGCUGGACAGAACCUUGGCAUCAAGACUACCAGGGAGUAUGAGUAUAAGCCCUCUGGCGCAAGAGGUCCAUCCCAGAUUGUGACAUAUUCCUCUCGCUUUGUUGAGAAGCUCAGCGACAUUACAGAUGACAUGAAUAUCUCUGGUGCCCUGUCUAUCCGAUAUGGGGCUAUCGGUGGCUCUGGUCGUGGUGCAUUUAUAAACACCGAUAAGUUCCAUGAAAGUGAUCCGAACUUCUACAUUAGUGUUAAGGUCAUCAAUCAGACUAUUAACAUGAAGGAUGCGUUGAUCUAUCAGCCGCUGCGCUCAGUAGACUCUAGCAACUUUCUAGAGGUCUUUGGAGACAGCUUUAUCUCCGGCUUCGUCGAAGGAGGCGAGUUUAACGCGCUUGUCAGUAUGAAGGUCCUCAACAAGGAACAGAUGACAAAAAUCAAGGCUGAGGCCAAAGUGGCAUUGACCGUAGGCGCUGCCGAGGUUAGUGCAGAGGCGGCUAUCGAUAUCGCCAAGGCAAACAUCAGCAACAAUACAGAAACGACCGUUCAGGUCAGCUGGUCUGGAGGUGGCUUCAUCAAGCCUAUCGACGAGCCCUGGGACAUUGAAUCUCUGAUGAGCGCUGCCGCGAGGUUUCCUGAUCUCGUGGCUGUGACCCCUCAGCGUACCUAUGCUAUUUUGACUAAGUACGAAAGACUUAGAAGCUUUGUGAAGCUUAAACCUGCUAGGUUCACUCGCAUGCAGUAUCAAAAUGCUCAGCUUUACACAAACAUGCUGAUGGAUACAUACAUGGACUACAAAACUAUGCUAAAGAAACUGUCAUCAGAUAUCUUCGAUAUUGAGAAUGGAAUCAAAGUGUUCCACAUUGAUCCCAACGGUAACCAUCAGGUCGCUAAUCAAAGCACCGGAGGAUCUUCAAGCGCUUUAGUCAAGGCUAAGUUGAAGGACUCGGACAACGAGGAGCCAUUUCCUAUGUCUUUGGCUGGUCUUGACAGAGCGCGAAGAGCCGCUCGAUUCCAGAUGAUCCGCAUCGUUAAUGAGGUCGACAGUAUUACACGUGACCCUUCACUGGCCGCAGAUGAGGGUCGAGAGGAACCGUUCCAACCACCUCGGGCUUUCAAAAGCCGCAUCCCGGCCAUGAGAGCCCUUGAAGAGGAGCCUUCGACUCCUCUUAGAGAGGACUUGAUUGCUCCCAGCAAGAGAAUGGCAUAUCCCCCCCUCUGCCCAGCCUUCGAUGAGCUCGCUGAUGCGGAGCGGCUCGCUGUCACUAACAUCACCAGGGACCGCCCGGAUGUGAGCAGGUAUUUCCGACUCAUGUGCCCGGUCGGCUCAUCAAAGACCGGGCAGGCGUUCAAUAACAUCGACUUUCUGAAAUUCUCCUCUUGCAUUUCAGCGGUUCGUGUUGGUGUGAACACGGGCCUUGUCGUCUGUCUUCAGAUACAGUAUGACAAUGGUCUGCAGUGCAUGCACGGAACCAGCCACGCGCAAGGCACAGAGUACUUCGGACUGGAGAAUCUUGGCUCAGAGGAGCGUAUCAUUGCCGGCUCAAUCGAGACGGGUGAGCUGAUGGCAAAGGGUGAGCCUGAUCAAAAGCCGGAGCCCAAGAAGGGAGACAAACUCGACACAACCCCGGCUGCUGAGCCACGUAUCACGUCUAUUAAGCUGUAUACCAACCGUGGUCAGAGUAUUAUUGCGCAGGCGGCCAUUCCCAAGGAUGAGUUGCCUCGUAAGAUUGCCAUGAGAGGUCCCAGGAAGUUCCGGAACCUGACUAGCACGGACUACGAUCCAGUGAUGGAGAAUGGAUACAUCAAAGGCUUCUGGGGACAGAGUGUCAAUGGGCCAUUCGGUACUGAGAAAGAUGGUAUUUGGCGGCUCGGUGUCAUUUGGGGCAAUGACCUCAAGCCAGAACAGCCUAAGCCGAAGGAACAGGUGAAGACUCAGAAUGAUAAGGGGAAGGACGUUAAGCCAAGGGAGGCGGGGAAGCCAAACAACCAGAAAUAA